CCCCUGCCACACUCACCAAACCAUGCCCACAGAACCGGUAGUAAAAAAAAAAUUGAAUCCCACCACUGGGAGUACAUUGGGCUGUAACUCCUAAACUGGGGGGACUGGCUCCAAAAGAUCUCAGGAAUGACAUCGGAGCUCUCCAUCCAUAAAAAUGCAGUAUUGUUGAAACUCUUGUCCUGACCUUUAACUUGAAACGGGCAAAAUGGUGCAUCAUAGGACAACACAUUUUGAACCAAGGUAACUCAAGUGGGCUAAAUUGCAGAACGUAUCCAAAAUUCAGGGUCAAUGUCUCCCAAGGGAAUGAAAUUUGGAAAAGUGGCUGCUUCAGUGCUACUGGCUGUUACGUGAUCUUCGUUUUCAACUUUCCUUGAAGAUUUCCUAGCCAGUCUUGCAAUCCCUCCCUCAUCCAGCCCCCCGCGCCACUUACCUCCCUGCUGGGAAGAGAAGGGAAAGGAGGAAGAAAGGAGAUUUCUGAUCAGAUUCCUCCAAGAAAACUUAAUGGGGAAGCUGGCAGGAAGUUGGAAGCUGCAUCUACGCCCACUGCUUCCCCCCCCCCCUACUCUUGGUCUUUCUGUUUUUCUGUUUUGGUAAGGAAAUAUCUCUGAAUCGAAUGACCGAGUGGGGCACAAUUUGUCUAGUACUAACUUAUGAAUUGACUGUAAUUAGGGGCAAGAUGUUCUGAAUGAUUUGGUUGGUUCCUUCCUGUUCAUUUUCAUCUUGAGGUCAUGCAAUUGAAGCAGGCUGGUUCUUGCUCCGUUGUGCCAUGCGCCAGCUUAACUCAGGCCUCCAGUCCCAAGCAGUGGACAAAUUCAUGAAACAGCCAUUCCGUUCAGGCUGGGAUCCUGAACAUGGGGGACUCUUCGCCUUCCAAGAUGUUGAUGGUUUCUGCCCCACUCAGCUAGAGUGGAGAAUGAAACUUUGGUGGCCACACACAGAAGCCAUGGUUGCGUUCCUGAUGGGUUUUGCUGAAACUCAAGACCAAGAGCUUCUGGAGCUAUUUCACCAGGUGGCCAAUUAUGCCUUUGCUAAGUUCCGUGAUCCGGGACUGGCGGGAGAAUGGUUUGGGUAUCUGAACCAGGAAGGCAAGGUGGCUCUCACAAUCAAAGGAGGGCCAUUUAAAG